AUGCCGAGGUCACGUAAAUUGUCAUCAAAGAAGUCCAAAUCUCGCAAAAGGCCCGCCGCCGCCCAAGACGAAGGCUGGUACACCAUCAGGCGCAUUCUUGAUGAGAGGACCGUAAAAGGUCGCGUCGAAUACCUGGUUGACUGGGACGAUAAUACCGUCACCGGGCAAGCUUAUGAUCCGACUUGGGACUUUCUUACUAAUGUUCAUGUGCCGCAGAGCUCUGAGGUUACAAGUAUUGCCAAAGUGGAAUGGGAAAAGGUCAAGGCUCGGCGUCGCGGAGAGGAGCAUCAGCUUGAACAGCAGCUUGAACAGCAGCUUGAACACCAGUUCGAGCCGGGACCAGGGCCGGACCCGGAGCUAGACCCGGAGCAACAGCUGCAGGAUCGGCAGCAGCCAGAGCAGUCAAAUCAUCAGGAGCCAGAAGCCCAACCGGAGCCCGCAUCAGAUCAAGAGAGCGACAACAGCCAACCGCCGCGGCCCGCUCAUCAGCGGCGCAUCAACAAGAAGCGGCGACGCUCAGCCUCAUUGAUCUCAUCAUCUUCCACCUCAUCCCCUAUUCGGCCCCGUAAAGCCCCUAGGAGUGACACCUGCGGAUCUCUAUAUGACGAGCCUCCAGCAUCUCUCGCGUCGUCUCCUUCAAUAUCUACACCCUCCGAACUCCCAGAGCUGCCUGACGUAGAUCUCUCAGAAUAUCGUUCGCGAGCUACGUCUCUGGUGGUAGAGAUUCCCAAGAACUCGAAUCUUAACCCGGCUGAUUACUCGAGUGUCAUCGGGUCGCAAUCAAGCGGCAAGUCUACGCAGUCGCUGGCCGAGCUUGAAAACGAAGACAGCCGCGUCGCCAUUGCGCGAAACAGUCAAGGAACUGUUCCAGAUUCGCAAGAGAUUACAGAUCGAUCUUGGACCCAGCAGCAAAUUCCGGCUGGAUUGCCGCCAUCCUCCAACCGAUUGAUUGAGUCCCAGCCUCAAGAUAUCAUACCAGAAUCUAGUUCUCACGUCAUUCCGGACUCUUUUGAGGCGCCUUCAAAACCGAUAUCACAGGGACCUGGUAAGGAAACUAAAGAGCGACACGACUCCUCUCUGUCUAAUCAUAAUCCCACCGAUACGGCAUCCGAGGACCGCAUUCAAGAGUCACAUGCGACUGUCAGUUCAGAUAUUCCUUCCCGCCAGCCCGAUCAGUUAAGAGAGGUCUCAGGAGCCGGCAGCCCAGUUUUGUCUGAGUCGUUAUCACACAAUACAUCCGGUUCCCCUGAUCGACAGCCUCUAGCAUCAUCAGGGUCCGCCGUAUCUAUACAUACACAACAAGACGCAACCCCCCGGUUUUUUACUCAACCGUUUUUUGCAACCGUAUUAGAGAUCCCCGAGAGUUCUUUACCUAGUCGAAUCCUUGAAUCACCUGCUCAUCCCGCUGCGGGGAUUGCCUCUACAUACAGCUCGAGCACUCUAUCUGCGUCGGACUCAGGGGCUUCCCAAGCUGCUCAGAUAGUUCCUCGCGAUUUCGAGGCACCGACCCAACAACCUCUUAUGGAAAGCAAGUCUCAAGAAAGUCUAGCCCAAUCUAGCCCAAAUCGCCCACGAGAGGCUGCCAAUCUCCUGCCACAGCAAUCAGCCCCGGCACGCUUCGUAGGCCAUCCCGGAGACAUCUUAGGCUCUCCAGCGAAACCAAAAACCCCACUCAAUUCAUACAAAGGCCAGAAAAUGGAAAACGAGACUCCAGAGCAGGCCAAGGAGAGGCAGGCCAAGGAGAGGCAUAGCCUAGGUGUUGUCGCAGCACUAUCGGACAUCUUUAACUUGGACGAGUUGAAUAGCGAAGCUGAUUCUACGUCGCAUCAAUCAGCGUCCCAUCAAAUACCACUCCACCAGAUCUCAGCUGAAGAACCCGCUGAGCACCAUGCACCGUUAGAGAAAGGCGUACCCAAUACGUACACUGAGCUACCUGUGCAUUCAACAGAUUUGCCUCACGGCGCUAAAACGCCUGGCGGCAAUGAGAAAGAACAAGCCGGAAAUAUGGUGGCCGCAGCUGCUACCGAAAGUACAGGAAAUGAUAGGGACACAACGACCUCGACACUUGGGCCACAAAUCUCAACUCCACAGGAACCCAUUGCCGCAGAAGUGGCAGACAUAUAUGGCCCAGCCUUUGUCGGAGCAGAGCUGGAGCCACCAACUGUGGCUGCCCCAGAGUUUAUCCCGGCACAGCAGUCUACAGUCUCCCUUGCUGACAUCAGUCGACAACCGGAGCCAGCAUACAAAGAUAUCCCUCUGGUGCCUUUUGUUAGCCCGAGUGAAACUAUGAUGCAAGAACAUUCAACGGAUACUGCUCAUUCCGAGCAGGUUCAGCGCGAACAUAGUCCCGCCGAAUCAUCGGUGUCUUUCGCCGCUUCAGCAGCGGUAGAACAUGUUGUGACACUCCCCUUCCAAGCAAGCUUGCGUCAGAGGUACAACGACUUUAUAACCGAAUUCAAGACUCCGAUCCAGGACUUUAACAAGUCUUUCAGCGACGAGCACUACUCGGAGCCAGAUCCGCUCCUGGUCAAUCGCAUUGACGAGUUAUUUAACAUCUUGUUGAAUGUAUGCGAUUAUCCCGAAGACGUGGUGGGAAGCGACCUCGAAACUCUGCCUCCAGCAGAGCUUGCCAAGUAUUGCUGUGAUGCCAAUCCCAAGUUCAACUUCCUCUUUGAACUUUUGAGCGGCAUUAUAAAGCAUCACUUGAACAUUUUGAUAAUCGCUCGCUCUCCAGACCUCCUCCGGCUCCUUUGUCAUUUAGCAGAAGCUCUGAAGAUGCCAUUCAGUUGCGAUGCUCUUGGUGAAUCGGAUCUCUCAUCCGCCGAUUCAUCCAGUUCUAAAUUGGUUCUUGCACUUCCGACCGGUGACAUCGAUGCUCAGGAGUUCGAUGUUGUGAUUGGAUACGACCAUUCUUUUAGGAACUCGUCCAUUGCACAAGGACUCAGAAGCGCCGACAACAAUAGGCAGCAGCUUAUUCUGGUUCUGGUUACAACUUAUUCAAUUGAGCAUAUUGAUCCUCAGAUAUCAGACGAUUUGACUCUAAUAGAACGAAAGAGUGUCCUGGUAUCAGGAAUUGUGGGCGCUCGGAAUUUGGUGGCCAGCCCCGAACGCGGCUACCUAGAGCCACAUGAGAUUGCCGCCUUAUUCAUAGAAUACCUCACAGGUGAUCAACAAACGCUUCUAUGGGAAGCGAUUCCUGUCCCAGAUACCGUUCUUGAUGUGUAUGUCCAUUCCCAAUCGCGAUCACAGAUGCUGGCAUUUGCCCAUCAUGAGCAAGAAAGCGGUCGCAAACGCAAACAUAACGAAUCGGACGUUUUUGAGACCAAGAGACCACGGGUGCUUUCUACAAGUGAGGCGACGGCAGCGAUUGGAACAGGCCAGGCUCCCGUAUCUGACGAAGUGAGAGCUAUGCUGGCUCAAUUUACCACCGCAAUAGGGGACUCUUCUCGACCACAAGUAUUGAUCAAUGUCUCCCAUGCAUCAUUACAGAAAAUGGCUGAAAUGUUUGCCGAGUACAGGCGUAACCUAGAAGCUGCAGAUUGCGGCGUGGAAUAUCGAGCAGUGAUUUCAAGCCUCGAGAAACGGGUCAAGGAGUAUGAGAGAACAACGCACAGAGUGUAUGAGGCCAAACGGGCUGCGCUGCAAGACCGUUCUCGGUUUGAAGCCGAAAGACACAAAAUGGAGGAAGCCAUGCAGUCUGCUGUGGCUCAAUCGGAGAAGGAAGCUGAAAAAGCAAAGAAAACCAUUAUGGAGCUGGAAGCUACUGUGGCUCGGCUGACAGAAGACCCAAAUGCCUCCGAUCCACAAAAUACACCCUUGGCAAAAACCGAGAAGCUCUUACACGAUACCCAGUCCAAAGUUUCUCUUCUCGAGAAGCGGCUGGAGAAUGCCCACAAGGACGCAGACUACAUUCGGAAUCUGUAUCAGGACGCUGCCUCGACUGCUUCUGGGCUGAAGUCAGAAAACAACCAGCUAAGAAGCCAAAACGAGGAACUUGCCAAGAAGGCUUCCGAAAAUUUCGUCAAAAUCCAUGAGAUCCAGAAGCGAGAUACCGCAAACAUGUUCGUUGCACAGGUUGCAGAGCUCAACCUUCAGAUCCAACAGAGGGAGAGGGAGCUGGACCUUGCCAAUGAAGAGCUUCGACAGCUCAAGAACGGCCGGCGAGAGACCCGACAGUCUAGUGUACCACGGAGUCCACGCAUGGGCAUGCUGAGCCCGCUCGGUCGAGCAUACGGGGGCCCAGGUAGUAGGGGGGCCAGCCCGGCUCUGGGACCCGGUACUGAAGGGAUGCAGCACUACGGGCAGCAGCCAAGAAACAGAUACAAUCAUUUGAAAUAG